AUGGCCUUUCCCCCUCCGGUAAGUUCGUUCAGCCCACUCGGAGUCCUCCAAAGAUCUGGCGUUGAGUGUCCUAGUAAAGACAUGAUUGACUGUCGACAUGUUCAUUUCGUGGUCGUUGAACCCUGGCCCUCCAACUUCAUCCGACUCAGAUUCGUCGCCUCCGAAGACGUCCCAACCCAGAAUCCGGUCCCGCAGCGGUUGUCUUACGUGUCGUCGGAGACGGGUCAAAUGCGACGCGACAAGGAAGCUUAUUCUCCGAUGCGUCCAGAAGCUCAUCCAGUAUGUGUGCGCUGCCAACGGUCGAAGAAUCGAUGCAACUACGGGGUCCGCCUUCAAUGGGAGGAUGAUAUGCGGGCCGCGGGGAAGUGCCAUGGACGAACCGGGAUUGUAACCAGAAGGGAUUCGCUUCGAUGCAAAGAAUCUGAAGAGGACGAAGAUCUUCUGCCUUCGAAGCGGAUCGAACGCAAAGAUCAACCUGGUAGCGACGGGGAAUCCGCAUUGAUCCUCACUCCACCCUCGUCGCACAGUCCACUGCGGGCCGCGACGUCAGAAAGCGUUUCCUUUCUAACUCGUGACACAUAUCACAGUCAAUAUCAGCACUGGAAAGAGAGCAAGAUUAAGUCAUCAAAUACCACCUUUCGGACCUUGCCUUGGACCCUCGAUGUGCCCGAUGUUGAUGAUGUGUGCUUGUCGUUUUACGAGUCGAUAAUGUGCCCCGCUGCCGUUACCAUCGACAACGAGGAAACUAAUCCCCUCCGCAAUACAGUGAUGCGCAUGGUAUUUCGGUCUGAAUUGGCAUAUUAUUCUGUGCUCAUGACCAGUGCGCAGUAUCUAAGAUCCAUCGAUAGUCGCUUCGAACUCUUUGAGAUGCAGGUCCGGCAAAGGGUACUCAAAGGCUUGCGUCAAGCGUUGGCGGAAAGUUGCUUUGAAUUCGAAGACGUGCUGCUGCCGACUAUAUUUCUCUGCUCUUCGGCUGUAUGUGAUGUCCUCGCUCUUGAUGUUCUCAUGGGUGUCAGUAUUGACUCGCAGCAGAUAUCUCACAGCUGUGACGCCUCCUGGGUUCGCCAUCUCACAUGUUUCCAGAUGGUCAUCAAGCAGAAGAUUCGUCGCCACACAACAACAGACGUGCCGCAACUGUUCUUGAGUUACUUCCUUGCACAUUUAGUGCUGGCAAAGUCUCUCUUCCCCAUGGACAAGGCACUACCUGUUGUAGAACUGCGGAACGAUCUCUCGUUACCCGUAGAAGAAGGGGCCAGCUGGACCUCUUCAGAUUCUCUGUCCAAGGCCAUGGACCCAGAUACGCUUCACGAAAUUGAUGUUUGGACUGGCAUGAGUAACCGCAUGCUCUUGCUUAUCAAUGAUAUAUUAAGUCUCAAGGAUGAUGUGCGGGCCUUAUAUGAAGAAGGGACCGAAGCUGAAGAGAAACAACGCGUCAUUGAAGCCAAGAUUAUCACUUUACAAAGGAAUCUUCAAGACACGACACACCUACUCCCGAAAUCACUGCGUCGAUGUCAGGAUUCCGCCGAGGUUGUCCAUAGGCGUCGUCUCCUUGAGUACACUGGCGAAUCAUAUCGUCUUGCCGCGUGUCUGCUUCUUUCGGAAGCGUCCACGCCAGCUUUCCUCGGUUACAUCAGUGAACCAAGCCUGGGCUUGGAUACAACACGAAAGCAGCGCCAUGUCGAUUAUAUCCUAUCUCUGGUAGAAUCGAUAGUCUCAUCGCUGGAUCACCUCCCAAUCUCCUGGCCGUUAUGGCCCCUCUUCAUUGCCUCGUGCUGCAGUACGUCUGAAUCCGACAAAGCACGGGCUUUGGCACAAUUCCAGGCAGCUCAAGCGAAAGCCCCAUAUGAGAACACUGUACGAGCACAGACAGUUGUGGAAUUACUGUGGCAGCGACGUGAGCUGUAUGUGGCAGGGGAGAGGACACGGACCGGUCGAUUUGAGUGGGAGUUGGUGAUGGAAUUUCUGGGGUGGCAGACGAGCUUCGCUUGA